AUGCGCCAGAGCUCGGGCGGUCCGACGCCGGCGCUGCUGGGGGCGUCGGCGUCGUCCUCUAAUCUAUCCGCUCUGCCCAGGAAGGUGCGGCUCAGCGACCGCAAGUUGCUCCAGCGCGUGCAGCGCGUGGUCGUGUCCAACGGACCCGUGGAUCUCAUCAGACUCUCGCCGCGCCGCAGCUGGAAGCGCGUGCGCGUGGGCGUCUCCGCCGGCAUGGACAUGCACUACCGCGUGCGGCGCGCGCCGACGCCAGUGGCUCCGUUCGAGACGCGGCAGUGCCAGGUGGUCGUGGGCGGCGAGAUCCACGCCCGCGCGUCCGAGCUGCUGUCGCUGCUGCGCGCUCCGACCGAGAGCGAGAGCAACGGCCUCCUGCGCGCGCUGUACGGCUCGCGCUUCAUCUACAGCUCGCUGCUGCACGCGGUGCCCAACUCGGAGCGGGGGUCGCUGCUGUCCCUUCCGGCGCGGCGGAGUUCCAUCACGGAGGGCGCGGCUAUCGGCCAGCAGCUCAUGGUGCGCACGGCGAGCUUUGCGCACGCGGGACUGUCCAACCCUUUCAAGCAGCGACCGUCGAUUGCUUCCGGUCCCUCGGACUCUAUGACGUCAGACUCGCGCAGCUCAUUCCCGCAGCGGCAGACGACAGGGUCCAAGAACGAACAAUGCUGCUACAUCGAGCUGCUGACGCCCACUCAACGAGGUCUAAAGAUGGCCUUCUGCACGCUCGACGCAGCGGAAGUGACAGCGGGGAAGGCCCCGCCCGAGCGCGUGAUCGCGCUACACCCACUCUCCGGCUGGCUCACAGCCGAGCCCAAACCCGACAACCCCGACACACUCGAGAUCACUUUCCAAGCCUCGUUCACAGGGAAUGUACCAGGAGGAUGCGACUCUCGAGUGGCUCAAGCCCGACUACUUUUUAUCGCCAAGGGCGUUUCUCGACUGGAGAAGGUGCUGCGUCGACGUCGCCGCCACCACCAGCAGCAACACUCUGCCCCCGGGAGACUGUGGCAAACGAUAUUGAACCCGUUUCGAGCUUUGGGCGUGACCGACGAUGAGACUUCUGGUGGCACGCACCACAACUGGCACUGCAUCGCCUGCACCCGAUCGUUCCUCCCCACGCUGCGCAAGAAGUGGACUCGCUGCGACCUGUGCGCGUAUCGAGUGUGCUCCGAGCCGCCAUGCUGCUCUCAAGAGCAAGUGACCAUCUACAACCGCUACGUCGCGCCGCUGCUCGUGUGUGCUCGAUGUCGAGAGUGCAUGGAUGAGCGUGACAGUGCUAAUCGUGGAAGCGGGAACCAAUUGGGGGACGUCCGCUACACCGGCGUCAGUCUCCGCUUUGCCGAUCGAGAGAGCGAGCUCGAACCUGAAUUGGAGCUCGACCCGGCGGGGCACUGCCACGACCGGUGGGGAUCGAUAUGUACGCCCGGUAUUACCCGGCGAUCUAAUGGAGGAAGGCGAUUGAAGCGAAGAACCCAGUCGGACCCUGCACCAGUCCUUGGGCUUGCCUUCUCAAGCUCAGAAGAAGACGACAGCUCCUCAGGAGGGGCCGAACCUGCACCGAAUGCGCGUACAAACUACAAAACACUGCAAGUGAACCAGAGUGAACCACACAUGUGA